AUGGCCGUCAUUGGUAAGUUUGGAAAACCUGAUUUUUUUCUGACUUUUACGUGGAAUCCAAAAUGGCGUGAAAUUACAGAAAAUUUGCUUGCAGGCCAACGUGCAUAUGAUCGGCCUGAUUUAGUUACUCGAAGGGGUUUACCUCAUUGUCAUUUGUUAAUUCAUUUAGAUCCCAAUGACAAACUUAGGGAUGCAGAUGACAUAGACAGUGUUAUUUCAGCAGAAAUUCCUAAUAAACAGGAACACCCUGAGCUGUUUGAAAUUGUACGAUCGUGUAUGAUUCACGGACCAUGUGGACAUCUGAAUCCUAAUUCCAGAUGUAUGGAAGAUGGUGUUUGCACUAAAAGUUUUCCAAAGAACUUUUUAGCAUCUACCCAAGCUGUAGUCAACGGAUAUCCAUUAUAUAGACGUCGUGAUAAUGGUAUACAUAUCAUUGUCAAUAAUGUUGACAUAGAUAAUCGCUGGAUUGUUCCACAUAAUCCAUGGCUUUCCAAGAAAUACAAUGCACAUAUAAUCUUGGAGGCGUGUCAUGAUUGUGCCAACAUUGAGAUCAAUGAACGUAUUGAUCAUGAUGAGGUGCACACAUUUUUAGAUGCGCGGUAUGUCAGUGCACCUUGCGCACAAGGACAAGCUGAAGAGGCUCUGGACAGAGCUGCAGAUCAGGCUACAAAAUUAACAGUUUGGUUUGUGUUAAAUGCAGAGAAUCGUGAUGCUCGCCAAUAUAUGUAUCCAGAUAUUCCUCUUCAUUUUGUUUUCCACAAGAACAAAGUUUGGAAGCCAAGACAACGCAGUCAUGGUAAAAUUGUAUCCAGAAUGUAUAGUGUAAGUCCUCGCACAGGUGAGCUUUUUUAUUUGCGUAUGUUGCUACUGCAUACACCUAGUGCAACUUCUUUUGAAGAUUUACGAACUGUCAAUGGCAAUGUUGCUGAAAAAUUUCGCGACUCCUGCUAA